CACAUGGAAUCAUCAAGUACACGACGAUUCGUGAAGAGAAUAUGACGUCUCCCUUCUCCAAGACAAAGGCGAGAUACCAUAUACUACCGGACAUGUGAGUCUCGAGCAUUGCGCAUGGCCACGAUAUGCGACUACUCUGCUUACACAUUGCCGCCUGUACCCCAGAAAUGGACACGAAGAUUUCCCACUUGAUAGUCUCAAUUCCACUGGAAGCAGCAGCAGUCGGCGGGAUGCUCCGCUGCCCGAUCCAAAGAUCUUCGAAGACGAUGACGAGAAGGGAGAGGACGCUCCAUUCAUAGAUCAAGAUCCUGAUGUUGAGUCUCCCAAUCAUCCUUCCUCAUCGGACGACGACGCCGAACGAGCAAUAACAUGGACGCCAUGGAGCAAACGUUGCUUCAUUCUCGGGUGCGUUGUGUUCUCUCAAAGCAGGACUUUCUUUUCGCUGACACAGAUUCAGUCUUGGGAUCAUGAUAGUUACCAUGUAAGAUCUAAACUCGCACACUCCUCACUCACAGCUAACCCCCUAAAGCGGCCUUGAAGCCUCCAUGGUCUCAACAUACACCACAUACGCUCUAUCCUCGCUCAACCGCCUCUCCUCGGAAGGAACCCUCGACGUCGCCAGCUCCGUCAUCUCCGUCGUUCUCAAGCUUCCCUUCGCCAAAGCUUCUGAUGUCCUAGGCCGUGCCGAGACUUACAUGUUCACAGUCGGUGUCUACACCUUCGCCUACUUCUUCCAAGCAGUCGCGCCCUCUUUUGGUGUAUUCGCAUUAGGGGCAAUACUCUACACCGCUGGAGCCGCCGGAACGCACGUCUUGGAUUUCAUCCUGAUUGCAGACGUCACUUCCAUGCGGAACCGCGGACUCGCGGGAAAUCUGUUCUUCGUUCCAAGCUUGAUCACUCCAUGGCUUUCGGGCGUCAUCUCUGAUAAAGUCGUCAAUGGUAUUGGCUGGAGAUGGGGCUUUGGUAUCCUCAUCCUGGUCUUUCCUAUCGGGGCCACACUCCUCGUUAGAACUCUCUACCAUAUUCAACGCCAAGGGACCGGUCCACUCAGGAAACACAUCACCCUCCGAGACUUCUGCUCCCAGAUCGAUCUAGGUGGCAUAUCUCUCCUUUGCGGUGGCCUCGCAUUUUUACUGGUGCCAAUCACGCUCUCAACAAAAGGCGACAGCAGCGACCACUUCAAGACCCGCUGGGUACCGGCGCUAGUCGUCGUCGGCCUAUUCCUUCUCGUCUGCGGCUGGUUCUGGGAACAAUACGUCGCUGCACACCCAGCAAUGCCUGCCCGCUAUUUCAAGAUGGGCGCCAUCAUCGCCACCCUCUCCGUCGCUGUCUUCGAUGCUGCUGGAUACACCUGCACACAUACAUACCUUUUCCCCUGGUCCGUCGCUGCCAAGAACUUCUCCGCAAGAGAUGCUCUCUAUUUGAAAAGCACCAGCGGAAUCUCUCAUAUCCUCACUGGUCUGGCCACCGGAGCGCUGAUGCAUCGUAUGCGAGCAUACAAAAAGAUCAGCAUCAUCGGCUCUGUGGUUCGCCUGGUGGGAUAUGGUCUCAUGACUCGUUUGCGAACGAACGACAGUACGGCGUUUGAGCUCUUCCUGGUGCAGGUCAUCCAGGGCGCUGGGAGUGGAAUCAUUGAAACGACGAUGAUCGUCGCCACGCAAAUUGUCGUCCCGCAUGCAGAACUCGCCCAAGUGACUGCUAUGAUCGCAAUGGCGUUCCAUCUUGGCGGAGGUAUUGGCUCGGCCAUCGCGGGCGGCAUCUACACCAGUACGUUCAAGCCGAGAUUGCGAGUGAGGAUGGGAAGUGGGGUAGAAGAGCAUGUCAUUGAUAGCAUCUACGAUUCCAUCACCGGGACCUUACCAGAAUGGGGGUCUGUGGAAAGAAUUGCGGUCGGUGCGGCGGUAAGUACCUUGCUCCUUCUGAUCUCCUCUGCAAGACUUUCCUGACAUCCGACGCAACUGCAGUACUCGGACGUGAUAGGAUACAUGACCUUUGGGGGCCUAGCAGCAUGUUUCCCCGUUGUCUUGAUCCUAGCAUGUCUGAUGCCGGACAAUAAACUCGGGUAUGUCAUCAUCUCCCAUCCCAAUUUGCCACCCCCGAGAUGAUCUAUCCAUCCAUCUAACACGUUCCUUUCCCUUCGCAGAGACGGCAAGAAUCUUGUCUCCGAAAAAGACGGCCCACAGGAUCUCGACGAAAUUCCCAUGCAGAGGGCAAAAGUCAGUGGACCCUGA